AUGGCAUCACUCGUAUCCGAUACUUUGAAGAAGGCUGGAAACGCAAUCAUGGGCGACGCAAAGCAAGCUCAACUCGCCGAGAACACGGUCGAGCAUGGCCCCAAGGCCCAGAUGACGACCGACUUUGGCCAGAAGAUCAACAACACCGACGACUGGUUGAGAGUCUCCAACAACGAUAAGACCGGCCCUAUGCUGCUGGAGGAUCCCGUUGGCAGAGAAAAGAUCCACCGCUUCGACCACGAGAGAAUCCCCGAGCGAGUUGUCCACGCCAGAGGCGCCGGCGCCUUUGGUACUUUCCGCCUCUUCGAGAGCGCUGGAGAUGUUACCAACGCAGGUGUCCUGACCGACACAUCGCGAGAGACUCCCGUCUUCCUGCGCUUCUCGACUGUCCUCGGCAGCCGUGGCAGUGCAGACACUGUCCGCGAUGUUCGAGGCUUCGCCAUCAAGUUCUACACCAAGGAGGGUAACUGGGACAUGGUUGGAAACAACAUCCCCGUCUUCUUCAUCCAGGACGCCAUGAAGUUCCCCGAUGUCAUUCACGCCGGAAAGCCUGAACCCAAGCUUGAGUUCCCUCAGGCGCAGUCUGCCCACGACAACUUCUGGGACUUCCAGUUCCUUCACACCGAGGCCACCCACAUGUUCAUGUGGGCCAUGUCCGACCGCACCAUCCCCCGUUCAUACCGAAUGAUGCAGGGCUUUGGAGUCAACACCUACACCCUCACCAACGACAAGGGCGAGCGUCACUUUGUCAAGUUCCACUUCACACCGGAGCUUGGUGUCCACUCCCUCGUGUGGGAUGAGGCCCUCAAGCUCGGUGGUCAGGACCCCGACUUCCACCGCAAGGAUCUGGCCGAGGCCAUUGAUAACGGUGUCUUCCCCAAGUGGAAGUUUGGUAUCCAGGUUCUCCCCGAGAGCAGGGAGCAUGAAUUCGAUUUCGACAUUCUCGAUGCUACCAAGCUUUGGCCCGAGGAAUUGGUCCCUAUCCGCUACAUCGGAGAGCUUGAGCUCAACAGGAAUCCCGAUGAGUACUUCACCCAGACCGAGCAAGUUGCUUUCUGCACCAGCCAUGUUGUUCCCGGCAUUGGCUUUUCCGACGACCCCCUUCUCCAGGGCCGCAACUUUUCUUACUUUGAUACCCAACUUUCCCGUCUCGGUAUUAACUGGGAGGAGCUUCCCAUCAACAAGCCUGUGUGCCCUGUCAUGAACUUCAACCGCGAUGGUGCCAUGCGCCACACGAUUUCCAAGGGCCCCAACUACUGGCCCAACCGCUUCGAGGCUACUCCUCCUGCGAACCACUCCAAGGCAGCCGAUGCCUACGUCGAGUUUGCCCAAAAGGUCGAGGGAAUCAAGCAGCGAACCAAGAGCGUCAAGUUCAAGGAGCACUUCUCUCAGGCUCAGCUGUUUUUCAACAGCUUGUCUCCCAUUGAGAAGUCCCACGUCAUCAACGCCUUCGCCUUCGAGUUGGACCACUGCGAGGACCCCAUCGUCUACGAGCGCAUGUCGCAGCGCCUGGCCGACAUUGAUCUUGGUCUGGCCCAGGCUGUUGCUGACAUGGUUGGUGGUAAGGCUCCUGAGCAGGCUGGCAAGCAGAACCACGGCAACAAGGCCAAGGGUCUUAGCCAGCUCGAGUAUCUGCCCGAGAACCCCACCAUCAAGACCCGCCGCGUCGCCAUCAUCAUUGCGGACGGCUACGACCCUCUUUCCUUCGCUACCAUGAAGUCGGCGGUUGCUGCUGCCCAGGGUACUCCCAUGGUUAUUGGUACUCGUCGCUCAGAGAUUUACCCCGAGGGUGCUUCCAAGACGCCUGGUCAGGGAGUCAAGCCUGAUCACCACCUCGAAGGAUUCAGGUCUACCAUGGUUGACGCUGUCUUCGUACCUGGUGGCGCCGAGUCCAUCAAGACCUUGUCCAAGAACGGUCGCGCUCAGCACUGGAUCCGCGAGGCGUUUGGCCACUUGAAGGCUAUCGCCGCUACUGGUGAGGCUGUCGACUUCGUCAACGCCACGAUCAACGUUCCCAACAUCAAGGUUUCCAGCGACAGCAACGUCGAGGAGAGCUACGGUGUUGUCACGAUGAGGAACGUGCAGCCCGAGAGCUUGAAGGAGACUUUCAACAUUGCCAAGCAAGGCAGAGGAUUCUUGGAGCAGUUCUUCUUCACCAUCUCACAGCAUCGCGUAUGGGCUCGUGAGUUGGAUGAGUUGAGCACUCAAGUGGCGUACUAA